AUGAUUCGGACAGUGUUGUUUAAUGUUAUCACAUUAUACAUUAUCACCCUUAUCAGUGCUGCACCAAAGCGAUUUCAAAAAUCAGAAUGUUCGGAUGAACAGCUGAGAGUACAUGUAAACAUAACGGAGUCAGAUCGAGAAGGGUACCAUAUCAACAGGACUAAAGCAAAUUCUCUUCUUGAAUGCACACGAAAAUGUUACAAUGAUCCCCAUUGUUUCUCGUUGAAAUACCGUGAACUGGACUCAUCAAGUUGCGUCCUAACCGGUUUUGCCUCUGAAUACUGCCAUAAGAUCACUUCUGUACCAGCUGCUAAAAUCAAAUAUGAUACCAACACGCUUAUCACUAUUGAUUGCAUAAAAUGCAAACUAACAGAGCAGCUUGAUGAAAAGGAAUUGCAGACAUCUUCUGAGCCAAAUGAUAAUGAUGAACCAUCCUUCUUACUCUUAGGGGAGCCGUUCGAUGAUGUGUCACUACAAUCUCUCUCAACAAUGCAAAACACAAUUGAUUCUGUUCCCACGACCGACAUAUGUGGUGAACCUUCAGCAAUGAGAUGUCACGAGGAUAUAUGGUUUAUUGCUGAAGAAGAAACUAACUUGGCAAGUUUUGAGUUCUUAGAAGAAAGAAGUACGACUAACUCAGUGCAGGAAUGUGCUGAAAAAUGUUUCCACAGUUGUUGUAAGAUGGCUGUCUAUUCAAGUACCGAAAAAAAAUGCCAAUUCAUAAAGGAAAACAGAAGUAGAGGUGGUGACAAUUGUGAAACGAAGUCCAUUUCUUCUUACGUCAAUCAAUAUAAUGGAUCUAACUGGAUAAAAAUAGCAUGUAUGGUGUGUGGUUUGUCCUCAUUAAGAAGCAAUCGUCAUAUGCUAAAAGUAUCUGCGGGAGAUUUUUUGAACACAGAAAUGUCAAUACGAUUGAAAGAAGAAAAUAAAAAUGAAAAAGUUGAAAAAGUAUCAGAAUUUACGGAAUUAUCUCAGUCUAGCAGCCUACAACAACCCAUAAUAGCUUCAGCACUUGAUACAUUCAACUCUUUGCAGGACAAGCAACAGUCACGGCUUAAUUCUCAAUUUAUAAAAAUGGCAUGUAUUGUUAUGUUUGAAGUCGAUUUAGAAGCCAAUAUAGCCAAUUUCAAAGCUGAAGAUAGUGUGAAAGUUGACAGAGCUGACCAUUGCGCCUACCUUUGUUACCGAGACGCCUGUACCGCAGCUGUUUUUAUACCAUCAACUGCACCUGGUAACAAAGGUACCUGCGAAAGACGAUUUGAUAUUGCAGAGAAGUGUAACGCUACGCUGAGGAGAGAUUACUACUACAAAACAACAAAGUCUAUUUACUUACAGUGCUUUAGAUGCCUUCCCGAGAAACCGCAAACGAAAUCAUCACUUGAAAUAGUUACUCCACAACCGGAAACAUCUUUUGCUUCACUGAAAAAGCAUUCAUUUGAAGCUGUAAUUCAAACUAAGGAGAGUGAUGAGUUGGUGAAAACUACAUUGGUGUCUGAUGUGGAACCAAAAGCGGUUGAAAUGGAAUCGAAGGAAAUCAAAAAGGAUGUGGAGACUGCUGCUACCAAUAAAAAUAUGAAAACAAGUUCCGAUACUAAACAAAGUGAAGAAAUUACACAAACAGAAGGUACUAGUCCGAUUGAAACUACCCAAACAUUUACAAUAUUUGAUGGAAAAGAGCAAACAGAAACAACCACUGAAAAUGUUACAGACAGGCCGAAUGAGAAUGAAACAUCUGUAACAGCAAUUUCGACUAAUACUGAAAACAUUGAAUUAACGACCAGUGAAUCAAUGAUAGAUUUAUUGAUUAGCGAUAACACAUUUAAAAGCAAUUUAGCAAACCUUAAAACUGAAUUUGGAACGGAAAUAUUUGCUUCUGUUCUGUCCACGAAUCCUGCUAUUGGAGUUGGAGUACAAUCUACUUUUGGACAUAAAUCAAUACAUGCAACAGGGUCAGAAAUACAAGCACUCGAAUCCGUCCAUCAACCCACUGCAGAAAAUGAAGAACCUACUUCUGCUAGAACAGAAGAAUUUCAUACUUGGCACAAGCCAGCAACAGAAGCAAGAGCAAGUAAUGCUGCAACAUCACUUAGAAGUGAACCUAAAAUGGAACUUGAUAGAACAAAACCUGCAGGAGUAAGUAGUACAGAAAAUGAAGAUAGAGAAGAUGUGGAGGGAAUUAUCAAGAAAAGUGAAGGCAAAGUGGAACAAUUUGGUAGCAGUACAAUAACGUUAAUUUCCGCAAACGAAGAAAUUGAUGGUUCAGAUAGAAGCUGGACGGAAGCGAACUCAAGAGAAGAGAUGAAAGAAACAGGAAUAUUGGACGAGACAAGAUGGAGUACAACUGCAGUUCAUACUGAUGGAAACACAAAAGCAAAAUCAUCAAAUGGUGAAGAAGAAGGAGAAGGAGAAGCAACAGUACCUUCAAAUUUAUCAACCGUUUUACACAAGUCCACACUUACUCUGUCUAAAGAAAAGAAAGAUGACGUAUUACCAACAUCAAGAGAUGUCGUAGAAACAUUUCAUACGUAUCUGCAAGGAUGCAUCGUAAUGUUCCAAGUAGAUUCCCAUAGUAAACGUCCUGCCGAAUCUUCCACUGGCUUCCAAGCAUCAACAAUCGCACGAACUGCUGAAGUUUGCGCUGGACGAUGUUACCAGGAUGGUUGCACUGGUGCCAAGUACGAUCCAUCGAGCAAAGAAUGCGUCUUAGGCUAUAGUGGCAAACAAAUCUGUAACAACGGACCGGAACAUUUCUUUUAUGAAGCCAAUGAAACCAUAUGGAUUCAUUGCACCGGAUGUAAAUUGCACAAGCCAGGAGACCAGGGUAUCAACAUAAUGAUCCAUUCAGCAAAAGAAGCACAGAAAGUAAAAUCAACCAAAGUGCACCAAACUCCAGAGAAAAAAUUGGGAGCAGCGCUAGAAGCUGAAAAGAGUACAAUUCAUGCAAUAGAAGGAGUAUUUCCUGAAACUUUAUCAUCAUCACUGUCACCAUUAUCAUCAUCAGCAGCAACAGCAGUAGUAGAAAUUUCAACAGAAGCAGCAAAAGUCUCAAAAACAAUUACGAGUACUUUGGAAAAGAAAGCGGAAAUACCAGGAGAGGAGGUAAACACUGAUAUCACCAAGACAUCUUCAAGCGCUGAAGUUGAAGAAUCAGUAAGUAAAGAAAAAAUAUCAAUUACCACUACACCGCUUCAAAAGACCUUUUCUGAUCAAGAUUGCAUUGUUUUAUUCCAAGUUAGACCUAUCGAUAUGCAUUUAAAAGCCGAAUUUAUUCCAACAGACACAACAUCUACAGUAAACGAGUGUGCUAGACGUUGCUAUAUGGAUGGAUGUACAGGUGCAAAAUUUAAUUCGGUAAACGGGGAGUGUUUGUUAACAUUUGGAGAUCACCAUCAAUGUGAUGAAAAUGAGCAACAACAGCAUUCAGUAGAGGGUAUUGAAACAUUGUGGAUUCACUGUAUUAGUUGCAAGAAGCAGUUCACCGAAACUACUUUGGGCUUACUGGCUCAAGAUGAAACUAAUUUGCCAGUAAUUACCAAGAAAUCAAAGGAAAAGGAGAAUUCAGCAACUGACGAGAGUUUUUCAACCUCCAAAUUUACAAAAGUUGAAGAGAACUUUUUGACGAGUGUAACUCCAGAUGUAGGAUUAGAAUCAGCAAAAAAAGUGAAAUCAGAACUUGUAAUUGAUUCAGAUGAAACAAAUGAUAAAAUAGUUGGUAUGGUACCCGAACCAUCAGCAGGGCUGGAAAGUACUAUAAAAGGGGAUGAGAAAAUACCGUUUGUUACGCCACCAUCUUUUGGAAAUGGAAGUUUAUUCGAAGCAGAAAGUAAAGAACAGGAAGUUAAAAGUAAAGAAUCUGAAGGAGAGUUCGAUACCUCUCCUAUUGUUGCAACUGUGGAAGAAAAGGCUUCAAGAUCAUCGAUUUUACAAUCGUCAGUGAAGUUAUCGACAAAACAUUUAGAAGCGGAAAUAGCUUCAACUGCAACUGACAUCAUGGAAACAUUUGGAGAAACAAGCGAUAAUAAUGAAUUAGAUACUACAGUUCAACCUGAUCUUCUAAUUUCGUUGACUUUACAAACACCGUUAAAUGUUCCCACUGAUAGUUCGGAAUUGUUAAACAUUACUGAAGAAAUUUCUGGAAGCAGUGUUGUUUCUACUAUUGCUAAGGGUUCAGCUACCAUUCCUCAAACAAGCAUGAUUAAGUCUGGAGAAUGGAAAAAUCAAAAGGAAGGAACUACUGUAGAAUUUCAAGAGGAAGUUGAACCGACAACGGUUUCAGCAGAGAUCACUGUUAUUCCAAUACUUCAUAGCGAAGUGACGGAUGAUAUCGUUGGAGCUGUAGCCAGCAUUGUUGCAAACAUUUCACGUAAUGUCUUAGAAACUGAUGUAAAAGAAACAAUUGGAAUACCGGAAGAGUGGAGUACAGAAACUCAUGAAAUUGUAUCAACUAUUUCAUCUAAGAAUGCAAUCAUAGAAUCACACAUUGAAGCAACUUCAGCUAAUUUUAAAGGAACGUUUCACUCAGAUAUUAAUUCAUCCAUAGUUGAAGAAACUGCAUUAAUGGAAUCAAAUAUUGAAGCAGAUGCUGCGUUAUCAGAUAUAACUAAUGCAACAACUGCUGAAACAAUUAGCAAAGCAACAUUUAUUGCAGAAGAAACAAGCACUUCUACGAGUGACGAAAGAAAUACCGAAGUAACAUUCAGAAUUCUGGAAAAGAUAUCUAAGGAAGGAAAUAAUGAUGAUGAAGAUUUGUUCUCUAAAUCGGUUUCAAAUUCAAUUACGGAGCAGCCAUUUGUACAAGCGAAUGCGAAUGCUGUCAUCAAAAAUGUUGCUCAGUCAAAAGAUAUUUUGGUAACUGGUAGUAAGCCAGCGGUGGCGGAUGCAGCGAUUCAGGAAGAAGCGAUUAAGAAAGUGGAAGGAGAAGAUGAAAUUAUAGCUGAAGUAGCCAAGGAUUCAUCUAAUAACAAUAAGUUGGUAAUCCAAGGUGAACAUAUGACAACAGAACCGCCCGUACAAGCGGUUUCAGAUUUGAUCAGUGUUUUGAGUCAAAAUUCGAAAAUCGAAGAAGUGAUUGGACGCAACGGAAAAGAAAAUGGUGCAUUUAUCGUUGAUGAUGUGAACUUAACAAAGGAUGCAGAUGAGCAAAUAAUGACGACCGAUGUUCCAAUUAAUCAAUUCCAGGAAGAUUUCAUUGGAAAUUCUCUUCACAAUAGCGCUAAAACAAGACUUGUUGAUGGAACACCUGCUAGAUGUCUUGGUCGAGUUGAAUUCGAAAUAUCAGAAAUGGAAGACCUCUCACAGCUAAACGUCACUAGUGAGAUUAUGAUAGAAUCACCGGCCGCAUGCGCGAUGAAAUGCUACGAAACUGCAAACUGUGUUCUCGCAGUAUAUAAGCCAAGCCAGGAUGAUGAGUCAACAAAUGCAGUAUGCAUGUUGACAGCUGAUUCUGCUAUUUGCUCACCAGAGCAGAAAUUUAUUCCGCAGCAUAAAUCCGACUUAUCAACACUUGUUAUCAGUUGCUUGAAAUGUACCAAAUGCCAUUAUUCCAUCAGCAUGGUGACAGAAUUAACGAGGAUACGGCAGGCAGUAACAGUGGAACCAGCACUUUCCAUUGGACAAUGUGGUGAGAUAUGCUGGAAACAUAACUGCACUGUUGCUCAGUAUGACCAUAGAUCCAAUCUCUGUUCAUUAACAUCGAUGAAAGACCAACAAGAGUGUCCUCAGGAGACACCAAUAGAAGUGAAUGGCGAUGAACCGGUUUUACUGGAAUGCGUCCGGUGUUUCGUAUAA